AUGGAUAUAAGAAAAUCAUUAAAACACUUACAACCAUAUAAAGGAACUAUUUUAUUUUUUGUUAUUUUUACUAUUCUUUUACAUUAUUUAUACUUCCUUGAUUGGUAUACUCAUUAUGAAACUCAGUUACAUAAUACAACAUAUUUAUUUUUAAUGAUUUUUGAUAUUAUGCUUACUGUUCUAAUUGCUGAUGUUAUUAAUCCUGGUAUUGUUGUUUUUAUGACUGUUACCAUUUUAAUGGCUUUUGGUGUUAUUAAUUUAGAUGAAGCAUUUAUUGGAUUUUCUGAUUCUUCUACAUUAACAGUUAUGGUUGCACUAAUACUCUCUGCUGGAAUUAAUAAGGUUCAAAUAUUAGAUAGAAUUAUUUAUUAUUUAUUACCUACAACAAGACAAGAAUAUGUUUUUCCAAGUGCAUUAAGAUUUCUUCCAUUUGUAAUGAUAUUAUCAUUAUUUUUAAAUAAUACACCAGUUGUUGCAAUGUCAAUUCCAUUAAUUCAAAGUUGGGCAAAAACUUCAGGACAUUCAGCAAAUAGAUUAUUAAUGUCAGUUUCAUUUUGUGCAAUUUUAGGGGGAAUGAAUUCUAUUCUUGGCACAUCAACCAAUAUGGUUGGAAGAGGUUUGGUGUAUCAACAAAUAGAAAAAACAAAUUCUUUAUUUAAUUUAAAUUUACAUUUUGAAAUGCCAUUAUUUGAAAUUGGAAUUGUUGCAUUUCCAUUAGCUAUUGCAGGAUAUUUUUAUUGUUCAUUUUGUACUUCAUUAUUAAAGAAAAGGAAAUGUGAGUCAGAUUUAAAUGAUAAAUGUGAAGACGAGUUAUUUAGAAUUGAUGUAGUUAUUACUAAAAGUUGUCCUUAUAUUGGUACAGACUUACAAAAAUCUCCAUUACAUUCUCCUCCAAAUGGUAGAGUUAUUGGUGUUAAAAAGAAAGAUAUGUAUCAAGAAUUAUGGAGUUUUAAUGAUAAAAAAUCAGUUAGUACAAUUCCUGAAUCUAAAAAUGAAGAACAAUUAAAUACUGAAAAUACAGAUACAUCAACAAGUGAAAUUACUUUUCCAGAGAAUUAUUUAGAUGGUGUAGAAUUAACUACAGAUGUUAUUAUUGAAGAAAAUGAUGUAUUAACAUAUGAAAUCCCAUUAAAAGGAAUUACUGAUAUAUUAAAACAAAGAGGAAUUAUUAUUGAAAAUUUACAAACAAGAAACCUUAUUGAAAACUAUGAUUUUAAUGUAUAUGAAGUUUGUAUUAAAAAAGGAGAAACUGAAUUAAAAAGAAAAGACUGGUAUGGAGUUCUUGCAUUUAGUGGUAUUGAACCAAUAAAUGAAAUUAAUGAAAACAGAAAAUUUAUUAUUGUAGUUAAAAAAGAAAUAUUACAAUCAAAAGAAUUCCUACAACCAUUUUUAAUUGCUAAACCAAUUAAUAUUUUUAUUCCUCGUCCUUUAGAUAUUCAAAAAGUAAUUAUUGCAUUAGUCGCACUUGCAUUUCCAAUUUUUAUGGAUGUGUUUGAAUUAGGUAAUUUAAUUGAAUAUGCUUUAAUGAGUGUAUUAUUAUUACUUGGUACAAAAGUAUUAACAAUUGAAGAAGUGUUUAAGGCAAUUGACAUUCCUUUAUAUUGUAUUCUGGGUGCAUCAUUUGGACUAUCAACUGCAAUGGUAAAGACAAAUGCUGGUUCAUUACUUGCAUUAACUUUAACGCGUUUAUUUAAUCCCUUUGGUAAAUUAGGAAUGUUAGCAGCACUAUAUAUUCCCACUUUAUUAUUAACACAACCACUUAGUAAUACAGCUGUAGUUGCUGUUAUGUUUCCUGUAGUGUGGUCUGCAUAUUGGGGAAAAGAUCCAUAUGGAGCAGAACGAGGAAAAAUAAUUGGGUUAAAGAGUUCAAUGUAUACUAUGAUGCUUGCUGCAAGUGAAGUAUUUGUUCUUCCAAUUGGCUAUCAAACAAAUAUGAUGGUAAUGAUAGAAGGAGGAUAUACUGUAAGUGACUUUGUUACUUUUGGAACACCAUUAAUGUUGAUAUCAUUAAUAAUAUCAAUAGGAAUGCCAUGGUUAGUAUUUGAAGUUUUAUAUCCAACAUCCUUGUAA